GACCAGGGAGGGCAAUAAGAAAUGAUUUAUAACCAUGACAACAGUUGCUGUGAGAGACUGGGAUCAACAAGGAUCUCUUUCAUGCCUGCAUCAAUGAGUUUGGGAUAAAGAGCUGUUCUAUCCAGCUGGAAAGUCCAUGUGUGCCACUUUUACAUUUUUAUCAAGAAACUGAGAUAUUCUGGGAAAGAAGCAACAACUGUUCUGGGUCCAGAAAAAUGGAGUAAAAGUUGCAGCUCCUUAGCUGUGCAGGUAUCUCAGACUCUUCGAAGCACAUGGCAACACAUGAUGAUUUUAUGGCAGGAAAGUAUCAAGCUCAGGUUGCAAUAUAUUGUGGCAGCAUUCCCAAACUAAAAUCUGGAUGCAAGUCAUCUAGAGGUGGAAGCAUUGAUUCUACUUUGCAGCUCCAUGGAAAUGGAUGGAUGACCACAGAUGAGGCAUCAAUUUUAAAAACACAAUCAUGUAUAUGGGGAAGCAAAGGAGAACCUCCAGAUGUUUCUUCUCUGGAGAGCUGGGACAAUAGAAAUGGCCUUCAGAAGAAUUCAGACAGCACAAUCAUGAAUGACUCUUCACAGAUAACUAAUGCCCAGCCAAAGUACAGUCUCAGUGAAUUGGAGAUAAACAGUGCAGCCAUGGAGACUGCUCAAAUCAAGGAUAAGCUCAAAAAAAGAAGAAUGUCCGAAGGCCUACUUGCAUCAAAAAAUGGUAUGAUGAAUUCUGGCUUGCCAGACAAAGCUGUUCCCAAGGGACCGGCCCUGAAACCAGCCAUUUCCAGAUCUGCUUCUCAAAGACUGCUGGUCACUUCCAAGCCUAUGCCUCCUAUUCAGAGCAUACCGAACACCCCCAAGACCAGCAGAGCUCAAGAAACAGAGCAACAAGUUAGAGAGAAUGGUUCAGGCUCUUUACAGGUUGAAGGGGUUAAUCCAGAAUUAACAUCCACCCAACAGAUUGUGCAUGGUCCUGAUGAGAAUCCAAAAAAGUCUUUAGGUGCUACUUUGAUCCCACCCAUCCCCAAGUUAGCAAAAGCAUGUGAAGAAAAUUCUCAGAAGGCUGCAGAACUCUUUCCAAGCUUGCCACCAACAGAAUGUGUCUCACUUGCUAUAGAUGACUGUCCCAAAACAAGAUCAUUAUCAAAGUCCGGAAAUGGUGAAGACAACAGCCAAAAAACACUGGAAACUGGAGUGUCUGAACCUGCUUUCCAGAAUGGCUUUCCUGCACCUUGGAAGGUUGUUGGAGGAUUACUGCCACCAGCCACCUCCUCUCUCUGUCUGGCCAAGGAAGACUUGCUUUCAAAUCCUCACCUGUUAAAAGAUGAUGAAUGGAAAGAGAGCAAUGGAAGGAUUCAUGUCACAAUAUCCAAGUCAGCUCAGGAGAAAAUGCGUCAGAAGCAGCUAAAGGAAAUAGAGUUCUUGUGCAGAGAAAAGGAAAAGGAAAAAGAGAGAGAAAAGGAAAGAUCCAUAAAAAUCCAGGAACAACAGUCAAGAAAUGUUCUGGACGGAUCCAGUUGGCUUAAUCACAAUGGAGCCACCCCUGUUACCCUCAACCUGAGCAAACCUUGCAGAGCUUCUGUUGGGAUGGCCUUAAGGAAACGAGUGAACAGGCCCUCAUUGCCCAGCAUCCCUGUUAUCAGCCAAGAGAGCAAUUUCCUGAGACAUGCAUCAGCUAAUUCCCUGCCAGCAAAUCUCCAACACUCUCCAGAAUGGGAAGAGGACCUUAUAAAUAGGGAUGCCUUUGAGAUAAGACCUUUGUCUCAUCCAGAACAUGAAUUAAUAGACGCCCUCAAGUGGCUCAGUAGCAAUGAUUGGCACUUGAAGGAGAAAGGACUCUUCAACAUCAUAUGCUUGGCUACCUGCCAUACAGAAGUUCUGCAGGGUAGACUUCAUGAUGUUUCCUUGGCAGCUACAAAGGAGGUUAGCAACUUACGAUCUAAAGUAUCUAGGUUUGCUAUUGGGACACUUGCUGAAUUGUUCAAAGCUAUGAAGAAGCACAUGGAUCAAGAAGUUGAGGAGAUUUCUCGAGUCCUGCUUCAAAAGGCAGGUGAUACUAGUGAAUUCAUCCAGAAGGCAGCUGACCAGUCCUUGGGGAUCAUGGCACAGAGUGUGACUCCUUCGCGAGCAAUGACAGCCCUCAUGGCCAAUGGAGUGAUCCACCGAAACCCUCUCAUUCGAAAAUGUGCUGCUGGGCACUUACUGACAGUCAUGGAACAGAUCGGGGCUGAGAAACUGCUCUCGGGCAACCGGGAAAAUACAGAGUUGUUAGUGCAGACAUUAGUGAAGAUGGCUCAGGACUGCCAUCAAGACACAAGAUGUUAUGGCCGGAAGAUGCUGAACAUGCUUAUGUGUCAUUCAAAAUUUGAUGGGUAUUUGAAACAAAAUGUACCAUCACAUGAUCUGCGGGAUGUCAUGGCUGCAAUUAAACAAAAAGGGACAGAAGAUUCAGUCUCCCAAGCUGCUUCUGCCAAAAGUUACAGAGGGUCAAAGAAUGGCAGUUUGACAAUCUCACUGGACAGCCUAUCUUCAGGCGAAGGGUCUACCUCAGAUGUUCUUAAUUUUUCGCAACCUGCAGCUCGUUGCUCUUCACUUCGCAGCAUAGAAGUAAUGGAACAGCUGAAGGAGCUAAACAAACUGCUUGUGGCCAAGGAAUUUCAGAUACGAAUAGAUGGAAUAGCCUUACUAAUGGAACAUUGCAAGAAAAACCCACAUUUUGUCUCUUCAAAUAUUGUGCAGAUUUUUGAUACUUUUACACUGAGGCUUCAGGAUUCCAACAAGAAGGUGAACCAGUAUGCAUUAGAAUCAGUUGUCUCCAUGAUUCCAGCGCUUAAAAAUGGCUUUAAUCCAGUCCUUUUCUCUGUGGUGACUAUAGUGAUGGACAACUUAAACUCAAAGAAUUCUGGGAUUUACAGUGCGGCAGUAAAGGUUCUGGACACAAUGAUUACUUACUUAGACAACCUGUUGCUGCUUCAAAUAUUUGCCAGCAGGGUGCGUUUUCUCACUGGCCGAGCUCUACAGGACAUCACGGAUCGUCUGGCAGGUCUUGUGGCUGUUGCUUAUCCACGGAAGCCUCAAAUUGUGGAACGUCACAUCCUUCCUGUUCUCUGGUAUUUCCUGAAUAACAUGAUUGGUAAUGGGGUUUUACCUGGGAAGAGUGGAAACGUGAGAACCGUGGUCUCUAAACUGGCUAAAAGCUUGCACAAACAAAUGGGACUGAAACUUGAGGAAUACGUUUGCAACCAACCACAACAUGUGAUCAAACUUUUUCAAGAUCUUCUAGAUAUGGAUCUUCAAUGAAAAAAGCCUGUUACUAUUUCUGGAACAAUUAUAGUGGGACAUUUCAAAGAGAAGCAAAAAUGGAUAAGGAUAUACAACUUGCCAUUAAUUAACCUUUUUAUUUUUGAAGUGUAAGAGUCUCCUGUUGAAAGCUUUUAAUAAUAACCCUACAAUGGAAAAUGUAUAUAAUAUAUUUUGCUGUAGAAUUAAAUCAUCUAUUUUUUUAAGGUUUAAGCUCCACCACUUUUGACCCAUAGAGAUUUCAUCAAUGAUAAUAAUGCAUAAAUGGCACAACUGUAACUUUCAUAUGUGUAAAAAGAGAAAAUUAUUUAUGUAAUAUAUAUCAAUAUUGUGUGAUAAAGUGAUAGAGGUAAACUUUAAACCAUAAUAUUUCCUCUAUCUCUAUGUAUUGCCAGUUAGGGAAGAUGGAUUACAUGAUCACAAAAAGAUGCCAGUCUGAGCAAAUACCAAUUAGUGGUACAGUAGUGGCCAAAAUUGUGGAAACCUUUUGGGAAAAGUGCAUUUUUGAGGUUUGAUGGCUAAUAAUACUACUUUUUUUGGAGUUUCAGGAUAAUCAUAUUCCACUUCUGGAAUGGCCUGGGAAUAGCCCAGACCUUAACCCAAUUGAAAAUCUAUGGAGCCGACUAAAGAAAUUUGUUAGUCAGAAGCAACCCAGCAAUAAAACCCAGUUAAUAGAAGCAAUCAUUCAAUCUUGGUUUCACAUUAUAACAGCUGCAGAACUAAAAGAUUUGAUUCACUCCAUGGGAAGACAUUGUAAGACCAUAAUUCAUGCUAAAGGUUACCCAAAUAAGUAAACUGACAUGAUAAUUUUUGUAUAUCUCAUUUUUUCUAUGGUGAUAAUUUUUGUAUAUCUUUUUUCUACAUGUUUCACUUUUCUUCUUUAUACUGUAACUGCUAUUCUAAUAGCAAAUCCUUCAUAAAAGUUAUUGUAUUACAUUCUUGAUUAAAUUAACUUUCCAUUGAUAUAUAAUUUUAUGGUACUACUCCCCAAAAAAGUGAUGUUACUAGCUAUUUUUAGAAGAUACACUUUUCCUAAAAGGUUUCCACAAUUUUGGUCACUACUGUAGCUUCCAAACUGUCAUGUAAAACUGCCUACUAAAGUUAUUCCUUAGGUGGUUACUGGAAAAAAUUGUGAAGGGAGGAAGAGGAAAUCUGAAACAAUAUUUUUCGUUUGUUCAGUUGACCUGUUAUAGAGGCAAUGAUACACAGUUUUUCCACUUAGUACUGGCAUAAUAUAUUCUCAUAUUUUAAUUUUUUUAAAAAAAGCCAUCAAGGAGAAAAAAAAAUGGAAUACCAUACAGUGCCUCAUAUCAGAUUGGUUUGGUUGGAAGAACCAAGAAAAUCUCAUUUAUCUCAGUUCCUUACUGUGUUAGGAACUGGAGAUGAUAUAACUUGUCAUUACUUCCCAUUCAUUGUUUUUGAAUCUGCCUCUCCUCACUAUAUCCAAGUAUCUAUACAACCCUUCCUUUAGUAAUACAAUACAGUAGAGUGGUUUGGAACAUCUGGAAUUGUCUGGUUGUACUCCAGGACCAGAAGCACUAGCUUUGGCAAUGAUUUCCACAUUCAUUCUGAAAUACUAGCAGUCAAAAUUAUUCUCUGCAGCAUUUCUAUAUAGACAGCUGUCACUUGCUAACAUGGCAUGAAUGUCCAUCAUAAUUAGAUCAAUUUUUUUAAAAAAAAAGUAAAAUGUUUUAAUUAUUAAAAAUACAUUUUAAACUUCCUUUAUUUGCAUUUCCAUUUUGAUCCUCUGUGUUCAAAAGGCAUUGUCAGCCCCAAAGGGUAGGUCAAGAAAUCAAUGCCAUAUCGGCAAAAAUCUACUUUUAUCAGAACAGCUAUAAUAACAGGAUCUUGCAAGUCUGAAUGUGCUUCCCACUUUCUCAUUUUAUCUGCAUGUGAAUUAGGUAUGGGCCUAUCUGAGGCCUUUUCUCAGAUUAAUUUCUUAGAAUGGACUUAUCUGAUCAUUGCCUUGGAAAUGGAUUUUUCCUUUAUCCCUCAAGGCCAUUCCCUGUUGUCUCUACAUUAACCUGAGAGUGAGGUGGGAAGGAUUAUCUGGAGGAAAAUAUGCAACAUGAGUAUUUUGUCUAAACUAGCAGUAAUCAACAGUAAUUAGCACUAGAGGUUUGUAAAUGCCCUUAGACUGCUAUGGGUUGACUCUCAUGAAUGUCUGAAACACAAAAAGCUUACUGCCUUAGUCUAAGUGUAAGGCCAAAUGAAGUGUUCCCUCAAACCAGACCCAAAGCCUAUAUAUUACUGAACUAUUUUGAGAAUGGCUCCAUAGAUCCUUUGGGAUAGGGAUAGGGAGAGCAUAAAUGG